CCGAGGCUCGAGGUCUGAGGGAGGAGCCGAAUGGAGAGGAGGAUGAAAGGCGGAUACGUGGACCAGCAAGUGCCAUACACCUUCUCCAGCAAAUCGCCCGGAAAUGGGAGCCUGAGCCGAGCUCUGAUGGUCACACUGGGGAAACUCAUGGACCCUGGCUCCCUGCCGCCCCCGGAGUCAGAAGAUCUCUUCCAGGACUUGAGCCAAUUCCAGGAGACCUGGCUGACGGAAGCUCAGGUUCCCGACAGUGACGAGCAGUUUGUACCCGAUUUCCACUCUGAAAACUUAGCUUUCCACAGUCCCACCACCAAGAUCAAGAAGGAGCCACAGAGCCCUCGAGCAGACUCGACCCUGUCCUGCAGCCGAAAGCCGCCGCUCUCCUACCACCAUGGUGAGCAGUGCCUUUAUACGAGUGCCUAUGACACCCCCAGACAAGUUGCUAUCAAGUCUCCCACACACAGUGCCCCAGGACAGUCACCUCUGCAGCACUUUCCCCGGGCAGAACGGAGUUUCUUGAGACCCCCAGGGGCAGCCCCACCCAACCCCAGCCAUGGGUUCAUGAUGGAGCAUAGCUCCAUUUUCCAGCAGCCCCCAGAGAUCUGCCACUCCUUCCCGUCUUCCCAAGGUGGGGGCCGGGAGCCCCCUCCAGCCUCCUACCAGCCCCAACUGCCGGAGCCCUGCCUGCCUUAUCCCCCACAGAACUUCAAGCGGGAAUACCACGACCCCCUGUACGAGCAGGCAGGUGGGGGCGGGGGCAGCGGCAGCGGUGGUGGCAGCGGGGGACACAGGUACCCGGGGUCAGGGGUGGUGAUCAAGCAGGAACAGACCGACUUCGCCUACGAUUCAGAUGUCCCUGGGUGUCAGUCCAUGUACCUACACGCGGAGGGCUUCCCUGGCCCCACCCCCGGUGAAGGAACCAUGGGUUAUGGUUUUGAGAAGUCUCUUCGGCCCUUCCCAGAGGAUGUGUGUGUGGUUCCAGAGAAAUUUGAAGGGGACAUCAAACAGGAGGGUCUUGGGGCAUUCCGGGAAGGGCCCCCAUACCAACGCCGAGGCUCCCUCCAGCUCUGGCAGUUCUUGGUGGCUCUGCUGGACGACCCGACUAAUGCUCACUUCAUUGCCUGGACAGGCCGAGGGAUGGAAUUCAAGCUUAUAGAACCAGAGGAGGUCGCCCGGCUCUGGGGCAUUCAGAAGAAUCGUCCGGCCAUGAAUUAUGACAAGUUGAGCCGCUCGCUCCGCUACUAUUAUGAGAAGGGGAUCAUGCAGAAGGUGGCUGGUGAACGCUACGUGUACAAGUUUGUGUGUGAGCCCGAGGCCCUCUUCUCUCUGGCCUUCCCAGACAAUCAGCGCCCGACCCUCAAGUCUGAAUUCGACCGACCUGUCAGUGAGGAGGACACUGUCCCCUUGUCUCACCUGGAUGACAGCCCUGCAUACCUUUCAGAGCUGGGGGGGCCUGUCCAGCCCUACGGGCCUAAGGGUGGCUACUCCUACUAGCUCCAACAUGUCACCGAGAACCCACAAACCCCCCAGGUGGGGGCAGGGGACGCUACUCUGUGACCAUCCUCUUUGUACAUAUGGAUACAUUUGGUGUUGGCAGGAACCCUUCACUCCCUUCUCUGACACUCCAGGAAACUUUGGGGGGCAGUUCCCCAGCCCUGGUCAUCCAUCCCUUCUCACUUUCCUUCCCCCACUGAAAUGGACCCCACUCAUGGUGCUCACUUGAAUGGCUAGAGAAGGGGGAGAAAUAACCUUGCCCUUACGUAGGAGGCCCAUACAUUUUCUUUCACUUUUCCCUACUACCCAAGAGGACUCAGCUCUGCCUUUCCCCAUUUCCUUCUAAGUGGCCCAUCCAUCUUCCUUUUCCUCCAGUAAGUACAGAGAAAUGGGUUUGCCCCUACCAGAUCAGGGGAAGAGGACUGGCUCUCCCUACCACUUUGAACCCCAGGGGAUCUUUGAGGCCCAGAAAGCUCCCAUCAGAUCCUUCAAGAAACCUAGAUAAGCCCCCUUAUCCAAUGACCAAAUCCUCAGAUCACCUUUCUGCCCCACACCAACCUCUUGGUUAAUUGGGGGGUCAAUAAAAUGCUUUUUGAACUAAGGAAGAUAUUGACCCUCUAACUUGGCUAGCUGUCCUUUCCCUGCAGGUGGCUGAUGGCAAAUGAUCAACUGGGUCACUGGAGGGUGUUCGCUGAGGGGGAGGAGUUCCUGUUUAGAUUCUCUGGGAAAUGAAGGCUGGAGGGGGUCUAUCUUGGGCUGGGUAGUUUCAGGAUGGGCAGGAGAGGGUUCCGUGCUCAAAGGAGAGCAUAUUAUCCUCUCCCCCACAUCAAUGUCCUCCCCCCUCCCCCAUCUCUCCAGAUUGAAAUAAAUGCCCC